CCAGUUCCAAGAACAACAUUACAUGCAUGUCUCAAUCAACUUGUGCCCACGGUCGGUGAGCACAUGCAUAAAAACCACCCCCUCGCCCUCGUUUAUUGAUCGCGCUGCACAGACUGAGUGGAGCUGAGCCACUGAGCGGUGAGCCUGGAUAAAGGAUCGAUGGCCGGCGGCGAGGCAGGAGCGCCGUUGCUGGAGAAGAAGGAGGCGGUCUACCGUGAAGGGUGCCCGGGAUGCGCCGUGGAGCGGAGGAAGACGCUGAACCCCGGCGUCCCCUACAAGGAGUUCUUCCACAUCUGGACCAUCAUCCUCGCCUCGUGUUUGCCAGUAUCGUCACUAUUCCCCUUCUUGUAUUUCAUGGUACGUUUUUCUAACGCAAAAGAAAAACCAUAACAUUUGGGAUCAAAAGAGUACAAAACUCGCCCAUGGAAUUAUAUACGAGACUUGUACAUUGCCAAAACAGUCGAGGACAUUGGAUUCUAUGCUGGGUUUGUAGGCGCCUCCUAUAUGCUUGGUAGAACUUUAACCUCCACUGCUUGGGGGAUGGUAGCAGACCGCAUUGGGAGAAAGCCAGUUAUUGUGCUUGGACUUUUCUCCGUGAUUUUAUUCAGUGCUUUGUUCGGACUAAGUGUGCAUUACUGGAUGGCAGUAUCUACACGAUUUCUUCUUGGUUCUUUGAACGGCAUAAUUGGACCUAUAAGAGCUUAUGCUAUUGAAGUUUGUCGACCAGAGCACCACGCUAUUGCAUUAUCACUUGUUAGCACAGCAUGGGCAAUAGGUCUCAUUUUAGGACCAACGAUUGGCGGAUAUCUUGCACAGCCUACAGAAAAAUAUCCAAAGUUAUUUCCCGUCGACUCAUUAUUCGGAAGGUUCCCAUAUUUAUUACCUUGUCUGUGUAUAUCAGUCUUCAGUUUUCCUGUUCUAAUAAGCUGCGUUUGGCUCCCGGAGACACUACAUAACCACAACACUGAUGAAAAGGAAGAUCAAGCGAGUGAAUCUUUGACUGCAAUUUUUUCUACUACGGAAGUGAUUGUCGAGCAUAAUAUUACUUCAACAACGAAAAACAAUGUAUUGAAGAACUGGCCAUUGAUGUCAUCUAUUAUUCUGUUCUGUAUCGUAUCCUUUGAUGACAUGGCAUAUUCAGAGAUAUUCUCCUUAUGGGCUGAAAGUGACAGAAAGUAUGGUGGACUAAGUUUCUCGUCUGAGGAUGUUGGUCAAGUUCUUGCAAUUACAGGUGUUAGCAUUCUUGUAUACCAAACUUUUAUUUUUCCCCGUAUUAUCAGAGUUAUGGGACCAAUCAAUACUUCUCGUGUUGCGAUGAGUCUGUCUGUGGUGCUUCUGUUUACAUAUGCACCAAUCACACAUCUCUCAAGACCUUGGUCGUCAAUAGCAGUAAACAUUGCAUCGAUUCUUAAAAAUAAUUUUCUCAUUACCAUUGUUACUAGUUCUUUCAUUCUUCAGAAUAAUUCUGUGACUCAAGAUCAAAGAGCAACCGCAAAUGGCUUAGCCACCACUUUAAUGUCCUUUUGUAAAACAUUUGCUCCAACAGGAGGUGGAAUUGUGUUUUCAUGGGCACAGAAACGCCAACAUGUUUUCUUUUUUCCAGGUGACCAGAUGUUGUUUUUUCUUUUGGCUAUUGUCGAGCUUGUGGGACUUGUUUGGACAUUCAAGCCGUUUCUUGUUGUGCCUGAUCAAUUUUCUUCAAAUUAGCACUCUAGAUUUGUACGUGCUAUUAUGAGUGCGUGCCUGUAUCGUACUCUUCUUACAGAAUUAUAUCCAUACUUUGGUGGUAUACGCGCUUCGAAUUGGGUUGUAACGUAAUUACGUGGUUAGGAUUUUGCGGAGUAUCUAAAAUAAGGAGAAAACCAUUUUCAAGUGUCAUUAUUAUCUCCCUGCAAACAAAUAGUGCCAUUAUUUAUUAAUUACAGAAAAAUACUAUGAAUCAAAUGCA